AUGGCAGACGAACCUUCUUUGCCACGAUUGAUAAGAGACAAUACAUCUUCUACCUUUGCCAAAACAAACUUGUCGCGAAAACGCGUCCGCGGUUCACCUCCCCCUGAUUCAAGCGACCCUCCAAUAUUUUCUAGCGACGACGACCCUUCGGUAGAGAAAUACACACAGAAGCGACGGAAGCAAAGAUUCAGAGGUCCAUGGUUCGAUCAACAACUAGCUUCCGAUUCUGCCCUUGAGGAUGAACCUUUAGAUCGCAAAGUUCCAAUCAGAAACAAAAGAACGUUUAGUAAAAAGGUGGAUAGCGGAGUAUUUAUGGGAAGUGAUGGUACGGACUUUGAAGACAUAGAGAUGGAUAAGGGGAAGAAGUUAUCGCCAGCGGACCAUGUUCCUGUGCCAUCACCACUAAAGUCAAGAAUCGCUAUCAACACUCCACGAGAUGUUCAUGCCCAGAGGAAGAUUGAGAAGUGCCUUGAAGAUGGAGAAGAGUAUAUUGAUUUAUCCCGCAUGGCCCUUGAUCAUCUUGAAAACUCUACGAUACGUCCUUUGAAAAGUUUCGUCAAAACCGCGCGUACUCACUCCGCUUUGAAUGACACAACCACUCAUGUUUAUGACGGUUUCGAGCCUUCUUUAAGAAUCAUCCUCUCAGGAAACACUCUCACUAAACUUCCUGCAGAGUUGUUCAACCUAAAUCGAUUAGUUUUCCUGAGUUUACGAAGUAAUGAAUUACAGGAGAUACCACCUGCCAUUGGAAAACUGAAACUUUUAGAGGACUUGAAUAUUGCUUAUAACAAGUUGGGAUAUCUGCCUUAUGAGAUUCUUGAUCUUCUUGUCCGGGGGGGAACAUUAUAUGACUUUCAAUUACAUCCGAAUCCAUUCUACUUGCCGAUGGCAAGACUUAAGGGCGGUGAGAAUGGUGCAACUCAUUUUGAGAUCGAUCUCCAACGCAAGCGGCCAUGGCCAUUGAUGAAUCAACCAUUUCCCCCUCCAGAAUACGUUGUAACUUUACAUGGGGAUCCUAAUAUGCCCGGUCCUAUAAACCACCAGUGGCAUCAACGUACUCCUAUUUCAGGAAGACCAAUCUCAGGCGAGAAAUGUUCCUUAGCAUAUCAAUGCAGAACAGAAGUCAGAUUUCUUAAUACUUUUGGACAGUGUAUAAAAGGCCCUAUGUUUCCUUCAGAUCCUCAAUGGAAAGACGCUGAAGGGCACGUCCAAUUGCCCGUCGCAGAUAUAAAUGAUAUCCCAGAGCCUCCUGAAGUCCAAUCACGCGUUCCGAGCUUGAUCGAAAAAGCUUUGCAGUCUUGCAUUCGAAGUCCUGAAUUUCUACGUCUCGAAUCUUAUCUGGAAUGUAUACCUCCUAGCAUGCCUUCUCUACUUCGAAGAGCGGAGAAUGUUCAUUAUUCUGGUCCUACACUAUGUACUAUCUGUGACCGCAGCUUCGUUGUUCCGCGAACUGAAUGGAUAGAAUGGUGGGAGAUUGAAAAGGUAUCGAAAAAGGAUCGGUUGGAUGCGGUGACCAAUGCUGCAAACCCACGCGUGGAGAAUGAGAGGGAUACUGUUGAGAAGUUGGUGCCCUUGAUUCGUAGGGGUUGCAGUUGGUUAUGUCUGCCACCAGUAUUUUCCGAUGAUUCGCCUCAACCGUCCCACGGAGAAGACGAAAAUGUCGAAAAUGAGAUAAGUGUGGCCACUAAUGUUUGA